UUCCCCACGGAUCACUUUGGUAGUUGUACUAGCGUGGUGUAGCAGUUCUUAAGAAGUUAGUUAUCUUCUCUUUUGUGUCAGCUUGUAUUCUAAAUUCUGAUUUAAAAGGGAAAUGUCAUCUGCUGAGGUGGUUCUGGGUUUCCUUGAAGACUCCGAACCGUGGCGGCUUCGGGCAUCACAGUUCCCCAGCAAAGUCGGAGGGAAGCCGGCGUGGCUCAGCCAGAGGGGCCUGCCCUCUCUGGCCGGCUUAGAGUGUGAGAAAUGUGGGCUGCCUAUGGUCUUCCUGCUGCAGGUGUAUGCACCAAUUUCAGGCCAGGAUAGAAGUUUCCACAGAACGCUCUUCCUGUUCUGCUGCAAAACUCCUGAUUGCUACUCACAAAACGACAGCCGCUGCAUGAGAGUUUUCAGAAGUCAGCUCCCCAGGAAGAAUGAGUUUUAUUCCUACGACCCUCCUCCAGAAGAUGAACCACAAAACCUCUUGGAAGAGGACCACAAUGUCUUAUCCAUCUCUGGAGUCAAACUAUGCUGGGUGUGUGGUUGCCCUGGAAACAAGGCAUGCUCCCGAUGCCACUCUGUGACCUACUGUGGCAGACAUCACCAGACUGUCCACUGGAAACACUCCCAUAAAAAGGAGUGCCUCAGUGCAGAGGGACCAACUGUUGCUUCCUCUCCCUUUCUGUUCCCGGAGUCUGAGCUUGUAACUGAGCCUGAAGAGGGAGUGCAGCAGGGGAAAGAAGGUGAAGAUGCAGAAGGAGAAGAAGAACAAGGCAAUGUGCAGAAAAGUGCUGUUGAUCCUUCCUCAUCUGAUGCGCUUGAAGAGGCAGAUCUGGAGGAGAUGGCUUUGCAUGAGACUGAAGACAGCAAAGUGUUCCAGCAGUUUAAGAAGAGGAUCGCCUCAGAGCCACACCAGGUGAUACGUUACAGCCGAGGAGGCUGUCCCCUGUGGGUUUCUUCUGAUCAUGUCCCUUCAGAGGACCAGAUCCCACCAUGCAUCUGUGGUGCCAAGAGGACAUUUGAGUUUCAGGUGAUGCCCCAGCUAUUAAACAGCCUCUACGUGGAUUCGACCGGAGCAAGCAUCGACUGGGGAACUGUGGCGGUUUACACAUGCUCUGCCAGCUGUAACCAUGGAGACCAGUACUGUUCAGAGUUCAUCUGGAAACAGGACUUCAGCUCAGACCAACAGACACAGAAUAAAAAGACGUAGACCAGUAUUGUUGGUUAGAGUUCCCAAAAAGCAUUCAGAUUAACUGGUAAAAGUAUGACCUCUGUGUGUGUUAUAAGCAGUAUUCAGCUGAAGAAGUCACCACCCGCUGAUGGAAAAUAUUGUAAAGGAACAAUCAAAGACAUUCUUAUCUGUAAACAUGUCUGUUAGUGGCAGACUGAAGGUUUUUUCCCUCUUGAGGAAAUCCCAUGAUACCAUGAGACGGUAAACUGCUAUGAAUAAAUCAACCUCAACAACA